AUGGCGGCCGCCGUGCAGCACGUCGUUCAUGGCAGCGUCGCGCUACUCCCGGCGGCCCCGUCUCAGGCGGCAGAUCGUCUGUUGUACAGUGGCAUUGAUGCCCUUUGGCAAUAUGACCUGCACAGCAAAUCAGCAGCCCCCCUUAUCCGUGGCCCCGAGCCCACCACCCUUUUUGCCGUCGCCGACAAAGGCAACACCAUCGCCCUCAUCCCAGAUCGGCCCAAACCCCCGAUCAUCCUCGCCAACACGGCUGGUGAACCCGUGCAGCAACUCGUGAGAGAGGAACGCGACUUCGCUGGAUAUGCGGCCUUGGCCCUCAGUACACAUGGCACCUUUGUCCUCACUGUCGACACUGUGCGUCGACGCAUCAAAACCCCGGAUGAAGCCGUCAUCACCAUCUGGGACACUCGAUCCAGUGAAGUGGUGUCGCAAACCAUCUUGCACCAUGUGGCACACCCCACCAUUUACAUGCGCCCCACCGCGCAGGUGUCAGACGCCGAUAAACCUUCCGACCCCGAAGAAUCACUGGCAAACCUCGAAUGGCUGCUCGUGGCCGACAACAAGGCCCUCUACGGUCACGUUGAGCAGUGCCGUGAUCUGGCCGUCAUUGUUCACGACACAAUCGACCUCAAGAUUGCACCCCGCGCCCGCCGCGGCACCUCGUUCGUCCGCCGUAACAGCCUGGAGGAGGCCCUCGAUUUAGAACGCGACCUGCUCGAUUCACCGGCCGUUUCUAUUCGUGACGUCACCUGGUGUGGCGAUGCCCUUCUUGCUGGCUGUCGAGAAGGCGAACUCAUUGAGCUGGACCUCGCCACCCUGCAACCUCGUAUCCUACUCAACGCCAGCGUCAACGGCCCUGGAUCCGCCGACACCCUGCUCUGGCGCCAGGAUCUUUCCUUGCUUUACGUCGCCGGGUCGGCUGGCAAACUGCGGACUUACGUUGUCACUGCAGCCUCUGACAUCCAGCUCGUUCAAACCUACUCCCUCAACCACGCCAUCACCCAACUCACUCGGCUAAACAACGGUCAAACCCUUUUGGCCGAUCGCAAUUAUCUCGCCCUCUGGAGCACCGAUAUGAAAACUCCCGAAACCUUGCUUGCAGGCCUUCCAGAGCGUGCUUUUGCCGUGACUGCCGUCGCUGCCCUCACCGACGCUGACAAGCCCUCCCAAACACUGGCAGUCACUGUGGGCGCGUUGGGAGACCUGGCCAUGUAUCAGGCCGACACGGGCAACUUUCUUGCCCUCGAGCGACUGGACACGGACGAAAUUACAUGCGUGGCGGCCAGCCCGGCCAGCCCCUGGCUCGUUCUCGGGGCUCGUGAUGGCCCAAAGACUCAAAACGCCGUUGGCGCGCCUGCGUUUGCGGCCCUUGUUUGCUCUGACGACACCUCAUCUAAAUUGCCUCUUGCAUACUCUACCUCGCCAUUGCGUCAGACGGCAACAGCUGAUGUCGCGCUUAGCCUAACCAUGCCCGAGGAGCACCUGGUCGGCUUCUCCAUGACGCGCCUGGCUUGCCGACGCCGCGAUGAUAGUUUGAACAUUGCUGUCACCUUACAGCGGGCUGCAGACGAAAAAGUGCCCGACAACGAAGCCAACUUGUCAAACGAUGCGCUCUUGCGCAUCACCGUCCCCAUUGACAUCCAUCAGCUACGCCACAUGCGUCACAAAUCUACCAACCCGCAAAUCAACCUCAACGACGCCGAACCGUUCCUCUGCUCGAUUCCGGCCUCGUCCCAUCUGGUCUGGGAUCGCCGCUCCCCGGGCCCCAUCCUCGUCUCCAGUGCCCCGGCUCGGUUGACUGUGCUGCAAGCGGCCCCUUCAAUUCCAACCAGCGGCGCCGCUGCCCCUGCGCUCUUUCAAUGGACCGAGUUCCAACCCAGUGAUAUCACUCGCACCAUUGAUUUGCCCCAAACACUGCGUGCUGUCCACGUCUCCUCCAAUGGUGCUGUGGCCGCCUGCGUCCUGGGCCGCACCUUGACGAUGGUGCCCUUGGACGGAACCACUCCCACCGUUGAUUGGCCCCUGCCGGAACCAGCGUAUUAUCUAGAGCCCACUUCCGUACACGUUGCAUUCCUGGAGCACACCGAUCGACUGGCCGUCCUGACCCGCACAGGAGGUCUGGCGCUCUUUGCCGCGAAUUUGAAUGCCACCCUGCCUCCCUUGGACGGCGCUGCGACAGCUCGGGCGUGGGAUACCGCACGCCAAGCCAAGCCCUUGAGCGCUGACGCAAAGCAAUCACUACGCGGUCCAUCAACAAGUGGCGCAAGCACUGCUCUCACUCAAGCCACGGCGACAAUCUUGGAUCCAGACUCAUUAACGGAGGGCCAAAAGGCCAUUGUCCAUCGCUUGGACGCGUUGCGCGGCAAAUUGCGCGAGUUGAUCGCAGCCAACGUCAAGAAACCUGAUGAUGAGCGGCUGGGCAAAGCCGAAUUUGUCGUUAAUCGAACGGAACAGGACCGCUUACAGCGCGAGAAGGAAUUGGCCAUUGCCGAGCUUCGCGCUCACAUUGAACUGGAGAUGCUCCGCGAACAGUUUUUGCGCAACAACCUGAAGAAGGCGUGCUGGGAUACUAUGGAGACCAAGGGCCAAGUGGUAGUAGACUUUGAGGGUGACGUCGAGGUCCGCAACUUUCCUCUGCCCUACGUGAGUCGAGAAGAGGCGGCGCGACUUGAGCGGGUGCAAAGUAUUCGUCGAAUUGAACGGGCAGCGGGCUUUUCUGAGCGCCUUUUCGACGAGGCAGACAACGAUAGUCUACUGUACCGACCUUUAGAACUCGAUUGCACUCACCGGCGCCGCAACCAGACGGUCCUUCUUCAAGACGCCAUUCGCCAAGCCAAACUGUCCUUUAACAAGCGCUUCACCGAUACCGUCGAUGCCAAGCGUGCCGACGUGGCCAAGAUUGAAGCCAUCAACAAGAAAAUUGUCAAAAUUUGCGAAGAGUUGCAAAGCGAGCCGCCGCUCUAUCAUCCGCCUACCUUCCCUCACGAGAAUCCAGAGCAUGUUCUGGCUGUGCGUGACGAAGAGGUGCAGGUGCCACGGGUGCUGACGGCGGAGCAGCGCGCAGCGCUUGAGGAGCAAGAGCGCCUGGAAGCUGAACGGCGCCGCAAGGCUGCCGAGAACGAUGCCCACGAUCGCGGCGUGUACGACAUGAUGUUUGGCCGACUGGAGAGUCGAGAGGAGGAGUCGGUGUGGGAAGACCUACCCAAACCCGCCUUCAUGAGCGAGGUCCCCAAGUCACAGUGGGAUGAUGAGCAAAAGAAGACCGUGCAGGCCUAUGAGGCUGCCGUGAAGGAGCUAAUGGAGAAGCGUGACAAGCGUCGCCAACUCCUGCAAGCUGAGCUGCGCGCCCUCCAGGAGCAGGUCGAAGCCACGCGCUUGGCCUUCAACGAGCGCGUUCGCGUGCUGUUUGGAGAGCGCAUUGCCAGCGAGCAGCUGGUAACUUGCCACGAGCUUGCGGUGCUCAAGCUCUCGCAAGCCUUACACGUGGAGCGAGAAAUGCGUCACCGUCAACUUGAGCUCGUGCAGGAACUGAACGAGGCCAAGGCGGUGCAAGCUCGCUGUGCACGUCAGGUGACAAGCGCCACCAACAUGGUGGCCGAUGUCCAGCUGGAGUAUGAUGCAAUGGUCACGGAAGACAAGCAGCUUGAUAAAUCGUUCAAGACACGCCGCGACUUUAACGGUGCCGAGGCGUUUCUGGAUAUUCUAUACCGCCUGUACCGGCGUCGGCCCAAAAAGUAUGGACUCGGCGUGCCCGUGCCACCGUUGGUGCGCGAGCAUGAUUGCCCUGAGGGCUUGGAGGAUGCCAUGUGGCGGCGCUUGGUUCAUUUGCGCGAGCAAAAAAUUGCAAGUGAACACAAGGUGCACCUCAAAGCGCAAGACUUGGCCGUGGCCAAGCAGUUUCUGGCACGGCGUGAAGUGGAAGAACGCGAAGCAGCCAAUCGCGUGGACAUGGCCAUUUCGGAACAGCGCAGCUUGCACAACGAUCUCUUGGAGCUGAGUCUGGACCUGCCCCUCCUGGUCACGGUUCAGCAAGGCCAAGUCGAGGUGGUGCAUGAGGACGAUUUUGAUCCAAAUUACGAUGAUGCCGUUUUGGUGCAUCGAGCGUUUGUGGAUGAUUUGAACGAUCAAACGCGGCAGCUGGCACAAGCCAAGAUUGCGCACACGCGCAAAAAGAUUGAGUCUGGCAAGGGCUUGCGCCUGCUCGAGUGGCAAUCGGAGCACAUGGACCUCGAGCUCGAGUACAUCGAGGAUGUGUCGCGACAGACGCAAUUGUUCAAGGUCAAGAAGAAUUCGGGUCACAAGACUGACCCCGUCAAGGAAGCGGAGCACUUGGAGAAAGUUCGUAAGGCACGCGAGGACCAUUACGAACACGUCUUGGCGGAUAAGCAAAAGCAGUUGAAGCGCCUCCAGAAGCAGCUUGGCAAGCGUGUACGUGAGAACGAACAGUUGGAUCAACAGAUCCGGGGCAUGGCCAAUACGGUAGCGGAGCGGGCGCAGGUGCGGCAGGUGCAAGCCCAGGUUGUGGGUGACGGUGGGGCGGAACAACGAUUGCGCGGCGUACAACAUAGACGCAAGCUUGUCGAGCUCGUCCAAUCACAAGCCGAGGAGAUGGCUCUUUUACGCCGUGAGGUGGAGCGCUUGCGACUCAAGAGUUUCCCGGCCUUUGGCCCCAGCUCGGGCGCCACGAGCCGCCGUUGA